AUGUACAUUAAGGAUCUCUGGUAUGGCUACGUUAAGAAACUUGAGAUUGAAAUAUCGACGUACGGGGUGCCACGAGUCAGGCCUCGCCUCUUAAGCAGAAUAUCACGGGGCGUGAUCGGCUACCUAAAUGCUACAUUCGGAAGUCCCGACGAGUGUGGUUGCCUAAAAGCCGGAACCCACUCCAGUGAGGAGAGUUUUAAAAGAACACGUGCGCAAGGGCCUAACCCAGAAACCACUCUGACAGAAAAUGAAACCUUUUCUGUCGAAAAAGGCAGCCAGCUAGGACCGUCGGAACUAAGCGCCUCUACAUGUAAGCGCAGUCGGAGUUCCCGUAGUAGCUCGCCUCCCAAAGGAGACGACUUCCAGGAAGCGAAGGGGAACAGGGGAAAAACGCUAACUCAGUUACAAAGGUCUCGUAGCAAGGUCAGCAAUGAUAACCUACGUACGUUUGUUCAAACUCUGUUAGGUGAUUACAGGGACUCUGAAGGACUAUAUAAUGGUAUUGUAAGAAUACUAGGUGAUCCCUACUUUCUGCAGUAUUGUUAUAUGCUGAUAAAGGGUAAACCUGGAAAUAUGACAAAGGGUACUACGAGGGAAACCCUGGACGGAAUAAGUUUUGAAUGGUUCGAAAGAAUCGCCUCUGGAAUCCGGGACGGGAGUUUCAAAUUCGAACCAGCUCGAAGAGUGAUGAUACCUAAGCCUGGUAAGAGGGAAAGAAGACCUCUCGGAGUUGGGAAUCCUCUCGGAGUUGGGAAUCCUCGCGACAAGAUAGUGCAAAAAGGUUUACAGAUCGUAUUAGAGGCGAUCUAUGAACCUAAAUUCUAUGACUGUUCUCAUGGUUUUAGACCUCAACGAUCUACACAUAGCGCCCUUAGACAAUUACAUCUUCGCUCUCAUCAUUUUACUUGGGUGAUUCAGGGAGACAUUUCAAAAUGUUUCGACACUAUACCUCAUCGAAAGAUCAUGGACAUACUGAAAAGGCGUAUCAUUUGUGACAAAUUCCUGACAAUGAUACAAAAAUCGUUAAAAGCAGGAUAUCGUAUUCCCCAAACAAAAAAAUAUGUAGUUACCGACAUCGGGACUCCACAAGGGAGCGUACUUAGCCCCCUGCUAUCAAACAUAGUACUCCACGAACUAGAUGAAUAUAUGGUAAACUGCGUGGAACCUGAGUAUAGAAAAGGGAAUCGAAGAAGAGGGAACCCAAAUUAUGAAAAGUGGGCACUCAUUAGAUACAAUAAGAAGGCCACAAAAGCCCAGCAUGAUUUUGUGAUUCUAAUCGAGGGACCUAAAGACGAUGCAUAUGAAAUCCGUAAUAAGAUCAGUAAAAGAUGUCCGGAUAAGAAUAAAGAAAAAGGGAGCCAAUUUCAAAACAAUCGUAGGGGCAUUUCAAAGAAAGCAAAUACCACUAUGUCAAUAUCAUCACACCCUAUAUCACCAGGAGCUAUCUGGCCCAGGCCCACAAUUCCUACAGUCGGACCAUCAGCUUUACAACGUUAUCGUAACGGCCCACGCAUUCGUUAUGAUUUUCUUGUGCGCCCCUGUGCUGUAUUUUUGGCUUUCUCUGUGGCUGAGAGAUGGGGAAUGCACCUCACAAAGAACACUAGCGUUCAUAUGGAUGAAAGUGGAAACUUAAGUAUGAGCACCCUAAAGUCACCAAGGACAAGGCUAAACUGCUUUAAACCUAGCUCGCGCUCGGAACGCAUAACCGAAUGGGAAAGCGGCCAUGGCCCAUUGUCUUCAACUGGUAAGGACCGAAGAAUUCCGAAUCAGGGUGCUUUGAAGACGGCUUCCUGGGAAUUAAUCCCAGUGAUUGUGAGCGAUCGGGAUCCUAAAGUGACUAGGCGGCCAAAAUACGGAACUGGGGGAUUCCCUAAAGGGAGCAAUCCCCAUGGGAACGGACGGAUCAUACUACCAGUUCGAGGCCGGGCCACAUGGCCUGUACUUGGAUGCGCUCUCUUAAUAGGGGAGGAAUGGGAAGGAUCAAGGCCCUUAACCUCUAAAAGUGACUCUCGCCUUGGAUCUAAUCCCGGGCUGGAGAAACUAGAGGUAGUGCGUUCCAACGGCUCUAAAUCUAGAGAGAACAAAGUAUACCACUUAUUACUGGAACCGGACAUUCACAUAGCGGCAUAUGAAAAGGUGCGAAGGAAUACAGGGAGCAUGACACCGGGAGUCGAUGGAGAAACGUUAGACGGCUAUUCCUUAAGGGAAAUAGAAAAGACCAUACAGGCACUAAAGAGCCACACUUUCCAAUUCCGUCCGUCACGGAGAGAAUACAUACCUAAGGCUAACGGAAAAAUGCGUCCUAUUCCUUCCGGUGCCGGGCCUGAUAAGGCUACGGCUCCUGCGGUCGUCCAACCCGUUGGGUCAGACCGCAGCCGGCAGCCUAGAGAUAAAAUUGUGCAACAAGUCAUGGUCAUGAUCCUAGAGGCAAUAUGGGACUCUCCAAAGGACCCAAUAUUUAACGACCAAUCCCAUGGUUUCCGACAUGGUAGAGGGACCCAUAGUGCUCUCAAGGCAGUUACUGUAUGGGGUGCAAUAGACUGGUUAAUUGAAGGUGACAUUAGUAGCUACUUUGAUACGAUAGACCACCACGUAUUGGAAAGAUUAUUGAAGAGACGAAUUCAAGACAAACAGUUUCUGGAUCUGUACUGGAAAGCAGUCAAGGGCGGUGCCGGGCCUGAUAAGGCUACGGCUCCUGCUCCUGCGGUCGUCCAACCCGUUGGGUCAGACCGCAGGGUCGUCCAACCCGUUGGGUCAGACCGCAGCCGGCAAGGUUAUGUUGAAAGAAAAACGGGAAAGAAAGUGGAUGCAAUUGUAGGUGUUCCUCAAGGCAGUGUGUUAUCCCCAAUUUUGUCGAAUAUUUACUUACACGAACUUGAUGAAUGGAUUAAGAGCAAGCAAGACGAGGGAUUGAAAUCUGGGAGUACAACGACAACUAAUCUGAUAUAUGGUAGACUUCACUGUAGAAUUCAUCGAUUAUAUAGAAUAGCUAGAGAAGGCGGAGAAUUAACUAGUGAACAAAAGACCGAAUUGAUCCGAAUGAAGAAAGAAAGAGCCAAAACUCCUUCAACUGCUAAAGGAGAAGGACAUCGAAUAUAUUACGUUCGAUACGCGGAUGAUUUCUUAAUAGGGGUGAGAGGGCCGAAAGUGUUGGCUGAAGGAAUUAAGGAAGAAAUCAAAUUAUUGUUCAAUGAAGAACUAAGGAUUCAACUGAGCUGGGAGAAGACGCAUAUAAAAGACGCGAGGAAGCAAAAAGCUCGAUUCCUAGGCAUGGAUAUAUAUCGUCCCACUUCCCGAACCGGUGACGUUAAGGUUAUAACUAAGAGAGUUGGAAGUCAACUUUUCAGAACACGAAUACCAGCUAGCCGCCUAGUGAUUGAAAUCCCGAUUAAAAAGCUCAUUGAGAAGUUAGCCCAUCAAGGAAUAUGUAGUAUAGAGGAUUACAAUCAAGGUAAGAUUACGCCUAAGGGAAAAACUGCAUGGAUGAACUUGCCUUUAUAUGACAUAGUAAUGCAAUAUAAUGCGCUACUGCAAGGCUGUGCGAAACUGAUAGCACGAAAGUUAAGUCUAGGUAAUAGAACCAAAGUAUUCAAGAAAUUUGGUCGGAAUCUAAGAGUAGAAAUGAAUGAGGGCGGAAAAACGAAGACCAUAAUGCUGAAACUACACAAGUCCUUCCGUGCGCUCGGUAGAAAUGCAUCAUGUCAAAAGUCUGAAAGGAAACCCACGGGAUUUCUUGGUGCGAUGAAGGCCAUUAAUCGAAAACAAAUUCCAGUGUGCCGAAAAUGUCAUGUCCGAAUCCAUAAAGGUGAAUACGAUGGGAUAUCUCUAGGCACUGGUAUCUUAUCUCACCCUCGUGAUGCCGGCGUUGAUCUUUGCAAGAUUAACCUAUGCCCUAUCUAUCCUGAUUCUACCACAGACAAGGAAAAUGAUCCUUUGGAUACUAUAUUCGCCUUUCGCCACCUUUCGUUAACAUCCAAAGUCGAACCUAGCCAAGGGAAGAUGCGGCCUGACCCAACGGACCGCAGCCGACAGGCCGCAGCCGCAGAGCAACGAAAAAAGUCCAAAGCUCUGGCGGACGGUGCCGGGCCUGAUAAGGGUACGGCUCCUGCUCCUGCGGUCGUCCAACCCGUUGGUCAACCAACUAUUUCAAAGUAUGCAGACUCGGGAAAACUAUUCCAAGCGGACGGAGCCGGGCCUGAUAAGGGUACGGCCCCGGUGCCGGGCCUGAUAAGGUUACCUUCAAUUUCACACCUAAGAAAUGGGCUAUUGAAGACAGCAUGGGCUCGUAGGAUUCAGCCGGUGCCGGCUGCGGCUACGGCCCGUAGGCGUACCUAUGGCCGCCGCCGGGCUCCGAUCCAACCCAACGAG